AUGGCUAAACCUCAAUUUCUCGUUGAUCUGGAGCGAGACGGCUAUGCAGUCGUGCCCGAAGUCGUUUCUAGAGAAUCUUGUAAUGCCUUUGUUGAAUCCGCAUGGGAAUGGCUGGAAUCAUUUCCAAAUGGCUUCAAGCGCAGUGACAGGUCGACUUGGACUGCGGAACAUCUGCCAUACGGACACGACCGAGGGCUAUACAACAGAUAUUCGGUCAACCACGAGGCUUUCGUUUGGAAAAUCCGCACCGAUCCAGGAAUCCUGAGCGUCUUUCAGAAGGUGUGGGGUACAGAUGACCUGAUCGCCUCUUUUGACGGCAUCAAUGUAUCUCUGCCAGUCAACCCGGAGACUGGCCGUACAGAUAUCGAGACGACUAAGCCAUGGCCGCACAUUGACCAAGACCCGCGAAGUAUUUCGAAUCUCGAAUUGUACCAGGGCAUCGCCAACCUAGCACCAAAUGGCCCCGAUGAUGGUGGCCUUGUCGUGUUGUCUGGUUCGCACAGGCUUCAUGAGAAGCACUUUGAAAGUAUAGGCGGGUUCAAUCCGGAGAAAGAUCUCGGUGUUGGUGAGAACGGGUACAAUUUCGAUGUUGAAGAUGCAGCAUGGUAUCGGGAACAAGGAUGUAAAGAAGUCAAGAUCUGCGCUAAUGCUGGCGACUUGAUACUGUGGGAUUCUCGAACCAUUCAUUGGAACUGCUCGCCGACCGGGGAUCAGACCAGGUUCAUCACCUAUGUCUGUUAUUGUCCGAGAGACAGGAUGACCGAAGAGCAGCUGCAACGUAAGAGGGAGGUCUUCGAAGCCAGGAAAGGCACUACUCACUGGCCAAACCAAAACGUGGUGCCAGCUGAUAGACCGGGCUAUCAUUAUGCGAAACCAAGACGGCCUGAUGACACUCUCGAUCCUGCAAAUAGGCUCCGGCCCUUCAGAGAGCCUGAAGUCACACCAGAAGUCCUGAGACUCGUUGGAGUAAGAGGUUAG